GCUACAGAGUGCAUCUUUCCGUUUCGAAACGAACGGUAGCGAGUGAUGGCAACGAGUGAAGAAGCGGCUGCCGGCAUCGAUGCCAGAAAGUUAUACGGCCGCUCGUGCAUUCCUGAGGUAUCAGAACCUAUCACGGGCGCGCUACGAGGUGAGCUGCCAGCGUGGCUCCGAGGAAGACUUUUACGGAACGGUCCAGGACGGUCUUCGAUUGGGACUGACUACUACAACCACGUAUUCGACGGCCCUGCUCUGCUGAGACAAUUCACCAUCGAAGAUGGCCGUGUGCUCUACCAAAACUGCUUCCUUCGAAGUGACGCGUACGCGCGAAACCUGAGGGCCAAUAGAAUCGUCGUCUCCGAGUUUGGAACCAUGGCUCAUUCUGAUCCCUGUGCGACGGUGUUUGAGCGGCUGACGUCGUAUUUCUCCAUGGACUCCACGGACAACGCUCUGGUGAACGUAAUGCCCGUGGGCGACGAAGUGUACGCCAUGACGGAGACGCCUUACAUGACUCGGGUGGAUCCCGCUUCGUUAGAGACGCUGGAAAAGAAAGACUUGCGUGACUAUGUGGCUGUGCACAGCGCCACCGCCCAUCCACAUUUGGACCCUGACGACGGUGCGACGUACAACAUCGGCACGCGCAUGACCGGGAGUCCGUCGUUCGUGCUCGUUCAUUUUCCUCCCAGUGGAUCCGAAAGCUCGGUGGACCGCGCCAGAGCCGUGGGCACAGUACCACUGCAGUCUCGCAUGUCUGUGCCGUAUAUUCACAGUUUCGGAAUGACCGAAAAAUGGAUCGUCGUGUUGGAGCAGUCAUUGGCUAUGCACGUGCCUUCCAUGCUUGUCUCGCGGUAUCUGGGCUACAAGGCGUACAUGAACACCCUCAGGUUUGAUGCCAACAAAAACGUACGCUUUCACGUAAUGAACAAGACGACGGGGGAGCUUUACCCAACCGUGUUCGAAUCUGCCGCAUUCUUCACUUUCCACCACAUCAAUGCCUUCGAACGGGGAGAUGAAAUCGUGGUCGACCUGAUAGGCUUUGACGACGACAGCAUCAUCCGGAGUCUCGACUACACGGUGAAGAAUCCCACCGUGUUUAAGAUGGGCCAAAUGCGUCGUUUUUCACUGCCUCUGAAUCGAAGUCCUGGCGAACGUGUGCUAGUUGAGUCCGAGGAGCUAGCCAAGGGUUGGCUGCGUGGAGAACUUCCAAGAAUAAACCAAAGCCGCAAUGGGAAAGAGUACAGGUACACCUACAGCCUCAGCAACGUUCAUGACGAAGAACACUGUGCUUUCGUCUCCAAGCUAGAUGUCACAACUGGUGACUGGCUGCGCUGGGAACGCCAAGGGUGGUUUCCCUCGGAACCCGUAUUCGUAGCACGUCCAGGUGCCGUUGAAGAGGAUGACGGGGUCAUCCUGAGCUCCCUCCUCCACGAAGACGAUGAGAAGAAGCUGGCUCUGGUGGUGCUUGACGCGAAGACGCUCAAACAACUAGCCAUUGCUGAGUUUGAGUGCCCAUCCGCAAUUCCAGCAGAUUUUCACGGGUGGUUUCUUGAGAAGAGUGUGUAAGAAACGUUUGAAACUGUUGUGUGUGGUUUUAACGUACAGCAUGAGCUUGUCUUGUCACUCUGUAACAUAAUCCAGUGCAUUAAAGCCAUAUUGGGAAUUGUUUGCGAAAAAGAACGCUUGUGAAUAAGUUUUUUAGUGCUACACCAGGCUGCUUAUAAAAAGCAGUAAGUACUAAACAAAAUUUUUA